CUGAGUGAUAAAGGGGGAGCCGGCUUAAGCGUAUUGUUUGACUUGCAGAGGAGAGAGAGAUAGAGAGAGAGAUAAGAGAUCGAAAUCGGAGAAAUGGAUCCUGACGCCGUAGCCAAGGCAUUCGUCGAGCACUACUACUCCACCUUCGAUGCCAAUCGCGCUGGCCUUGCAAACCUCUACCAGGACGGCUCCAUGUUGACUUUCGAGGGCCAGAAGAUCCAGGGCUCUCAGAACAUCGUCGCCAAGCUAACCAGUCUCCCCUUUCAGCAGUGCAAGCACCAGAUCACCACCGUCGAUUGCCAGCCAUCUGGACCCGCCGGCGGCAUGCUCGUCUUUGUCAGCGGCAAUCUCCAACUAGCCGGCGAACAGCACGCCCUCAAGUUCAGUCAGAUGUUCCAUUUGAUGCCGACACCCCAAGGAAGUUUCUAUGUGUUCAAUGACAUAUUCCGCUUGAACUAUGCAUGAAGGGUGGAAAUUGUGUCUUGGUUUGUGUUGGCUGAAAUGUCAAAAAACUGAACAACAAUAUGGAAGUUCAGAUUCUUCUAGAAUUCAGAAGAUACUUGUUUCAAUAUGUUUGUUUUGCUUGUUUGCUUAUUCAAUUUUGACUAAAACAGACUGUUGAAUUUGAUGGAAACAAUUUGGCUGUAUCUUAUUACUUUGGCAUGCUUAAGAAAUGGAAAGGCUGGUUUUCUCUUUUAUA